UCGCUUAUUUAAAAAUAAAACUUAAAGUUUUUCGUUUAUUUCGUGGAUUUUAGAUCAAAAUCAAGCUAGGUAUUUAUAAAGCCAAAAGUGAUACCGAAGAAAGCAAUGGGACGGGUUAGCAAGAAGAGACUAGCAGCCAGAGCUCGGGUAGCAGCGACAAAAUUAGCACAACAAACAGCGGAGCAUAAGCCACUUCCGACUCUAGUGGGUUCGGAACCAAAAUGGCCAAAAGAGGAAGAUUCGACCCCCACGGAACCGGCUGUGGACAUUGACGUCGUCAAACAGGAACCACUGGACCACACGGUGAAUCCUUUCGACGCUUCCGACCUGUUGGAGGAAGUCAAGGUUGAACUGUUGGAACCGCUGGAAGGUGAACCGGAUCCGAUUGGAGGGCUUCCGGAAGAUUCGAAGCCGGUUGAUGAUCUGCCGGAGAUCAACUUAGCCGAUCUCUCCGAUGGAACAUGUCAGUUUUGCCUGGAGCAGUUUCGGGACCCGGAAGGACGAGGCGUCAUCACCCGGAACCGGAUUGGUUUUGUGCUGGGUGUGCGAAAAUGGGGUGCGUCCCACGGGCAGCUGGAUUGCUGUAAGGGAUGCAAGAAGAUGUUUGACUUGUUCUACGAGUUUAAACGGUCUUGUUUGAUGGCGCUGGCCCGGCCGCUGUUUUUGAUGAGUUGCGGAGUUGACAAGGCACCGUCCAGUGAGGUGGUAGAUCUGAGACCUAGGAAACCUGUGAAAAGGAGAAAGAAGCAGCCUCCAAGUGAUGUAAAGUCGAAUGACGAUGAGGCGAGGAACGACCCAAAACUAGAGGAGUCAAGACAGGAAUCACCGCCGGCCAUUCCACCGACAAGUUCCGACGACGAUUCGGACAUUGAAGUCGUUGACAGUGUGGGAGAAGCAUCCGAGACGAGUCUCAAUGUACCGACCGGGAAUCAGCCUGUCCCGAAGAUCAAGCCGACAAGAAAAACUCACAAAUACUGCUACCGGUGUAGAAAGUUUUUCGAAUCGGAAGCCGUCUUCCUGGAGCACAAGCCAUCGUGCAUCAAGCUGGGUAAGGAUCCGCCAACGGUGCAGUGCAGCAAAUGUCCGCAAAGGUUCACCCGUGCUGAUAACCUGACGUACCAUAUGAACAAACAUGAAGGCAUUCGAUCGGUUCCCUGCCGGCGGGAGGGCUGCACCAAGAAGUUCUUCAACCCGAACAUGCGCCGCAAUCACGAGAUGCACUGCGGCCAAAAUGUGCAGGAAAUUUGCAGCGUUUGCGGUUCCAUGUUCCGUUCGAAGGGUGCCCUGCGCAUUCACAUGACUCUGCACGACGAUCCCAGCUUCGUGUGCGAGGUGUGCAACAAGGCGUUCCAUACCAAGCAAAAGCUGAAAAAGCACUCGGCGGUGCAUUCGGACGAACGCCGCUACCAGUGCAAGGUCUGCGGAAAGGGUUUCAAAUCGCGCGAAGCCAAUCGGGUGCACCAGCGGAUUCAUACCCAGGAGAAGCCGUACGUUUGCCACAUCUGUGGAAUGGCUUUCACGUACAACUGUUUGCUCAAAACCCAUCUGGAGAGGGGUCACGAACCGGGUGAGCUGGCGCUGGGACGGAACGAACGGCAUGAACUGAUGAGUGCAACGAGGGCUAUUGAGAUGACUAGCGAUGUUUACAGGAUGCUGUAGAAGAGGUAAGGUAAAGUGAAAGCGAUAAACAUAUGCGC